CUUCAGUGGAUGGCUGUGGGGUCCACCUUGAUGUAUGUUUCUUAUAUCCACGCCGUCCAUCCGUUUGGCCAGAUAAUUUGAGAGUUCGAGGCCAAAAAUGCAGUAGAUCCAAAUCUCAAGUGGAGCACACCGUUGGAACCAGUGGUUGAAUGAGAGCAACUCAUUCCGGUGGAAGUUGUCAGCAAGACUUUCCUCCUUCCGUGGGGCAGUGGGGGUCGUUGACGCGUAGACUGAUGAGGAAUGAGAAUGGUGUUUUAGUGUAGGAAAGGAAGCAGCAGAAGCAGAAGCAGAAGCAGAAGCAGAAUGGGUGAGGGGAUUGUAGAUGUUGCAAUUAUAAAGGAGAGCUCCUCUCUUUCCAUGAAAGCAACUCCUCCCUUUCUUUACAAAUCCUCGUCAUCAAUCGUUUUCUUCGCCUUUCCUGGCCUCUGGUCUGUCGACGACUGGAAACCAACAGCAGCACCAACCCCCUCCGACAACCUUCUCUCCUUCCUCCCUUCUCUCCGCACCAUCGGCAGCAAUGAAACCGCUCUCCUCCACGCCCCAUUCUUCCACCGCUUCCUAGCCAUCCUCACCACUUCCACUCUCCAACACCAGGUGCAUAAGGCUGUGACAGGAGGAAAACAGAUAGUAAUGACGGGCCACUCAUCUGGUGGUUCAAUAGCUAUCAUUGCUACUGUCUGGUUACUUGAACAAUUUCGUAAACUCAAUCAACUUCCUCCUCUUUGUCUCACUUUUGGUUCUCCUCUUGUUGGUGAUAGCAUCUUUGGCCAUGCUCUGCGUCGAGAGGCCUGGUCUUCUCACUUCUCUCAUUUCAUCUUGAGAUAUGACAUUGUUCCUCGUCUUUUACUCACCCCUUUUGAUUCCAUCGAACAACAACUUCAGACCAUUCUCCCUUUCCUGGAUCAAAAAUCGCCUUAUUCUAAUGUUGAGGCCCUUUGUAGAUCACCACAAGCAGUGUCACUUGUUAGCACUGUUAUGAGAAAUACAUCUCUGGUCGCAAGCCACGGAGCCUGUUUAUCCAUGGACUGCACUAACAUGUUGUUGGAAGCAUUACCCAGCUUUAUCAAGCUUAGCCCUUUCAGACCUGUUGGAACUUACAUCUUUUGUACUGGGAAUGGGAAACUCCUCAUUGUGAAGAAUUCAGAUGUUGUUCUCCAACUGCUCUCCUACUGUCUUCAAUUGGGUCCCAAGCAAGAUUUGGUAGAGGUUGUGUGCAAAUGUUUGAAGGAGCAUCUAGCUUACGAGUUCGAGUUGCGAGAAAGCUUCGAAAUGCAAGACAUCGUAUCUCUAGACCACCUGGAACAGCUCCCGCUGUCUUUGGAAGAUGCCAGCAGUGAUGAGAUGCAAUCAAUUGACAUGGCAUUGAAAGAUCUUGGACUGAGCAUGGAAGCUAGGCUGUGCCUUCGUGCCACCAGAGAGUCAGAGAAGCAUAAACAGAGAAACCUGUACAAGAUUGAAGCCAACCGUAACAAGAUUCAAGAAGCACUAAACAUGCUAGAUAGUUACCGAGAAACAUGCAAGAUACGUCAAGUAGGCUACUACGAUGCCUUCAAACUUCAAAAGGACACAAAAGACUUCAAUGCUAAUUUGAAAAGGCUUGACUUAGCUGGGCUGUGGGAUGAGAUCAUUGAGAUGUUGAAAAGGUAUGAAUUGCCUGAUGACUUUGAGAGUCGGAUAGAAUGGGUGCAAUUGGGCACUAGAUACCGAUGCCUGGUUGAGCCCUUGGACAUAGCCAACUACUAUCGGCACUUCAAGAAUGAAGACACUGGGCCGUAUAUGGUGAAAGGAAGGCCGACGCGUUAUAGGUUCACCCAAAGGUGGCUUGAGCAUGCCGAAGGAAUGAUUGCCAGGUCCACCACCGACUCUUGUUUUUGGGCCAAGGUUGAGGAGCUCUGUCUUGACACUGCUAGUGGAAAAGGCUUUGAAGAAAUUAGUGGGAGGGUCUUGGAACUGGAAAAUGAGUUAUCGAGAGGGAUUAAUGGUGCUAGUGGUCGGGACUCGGGUGUUAGAGAUGUGUUCUUGGAAGGGUCCACUUUUGUCAAGUGGUGGAAGAAUCUCCCUCAACAACAUAGGUUGGGGUCUUGUAUUGCAAGAUAUAUCAGUGGAGAGGGAAGGAACGCAUCUUCUUUCUUCAAUUAGAUUUAGAUGUGUGUGUGGGAAACAAUCAAUUUGCAUCUUCUUUCUUCAAUUAGAUUUAGAUCUGGGUGUGGGAAACUAUCUUCUUUCUUCAAUUAGAUUUAUAUGUAGUGUGAGUUAAA